CUCUGGCAGACCUACUUCUGCAAUCUAGAGCUUGGCUGAAUAUUAGAAAGGUGCUAGUUGUUAAAGGUGAACAAGCUAGUCCAGAGCUGAAGAAAUUUAACUUGGAACUGGCAAGUUAUUUACAGCUGAAAACAAUACUUUCAGUGAAAACAAUAUCCGUCGACUCCAGAUAUUUUCACUUGGAACAUAUGCUCAAUGAAGCAGUCCACGAGUCUGAUGUGGUUAUUGUUGAUUGCAGGCUGGAGUACUUUGAGCUGUUUUCCUCAAUACUUGUGAAGUCAGAUGCAGAUGCCUUGAGUCAACACGCAUGGAUUGUGUUCAUGCAGGAUUUUGCAGAAAUUCGAAAUUCAACUUCAAUAUCAAAGAUUGCCUCCAUACUAAAUCAUUUCAAUAUUCAGUUGUUUGCUUUUUGCCAAACAGUUGAAGAACAUUUGGGUAACUGCUCAAAUUUUUCCAGUCCAGUUAGCAUUUACUAUCAUCUGUUUGAUGACCUCUUAAAUAUCAUUGGCAACGCAGCCAUUACAUCAGAGUUUAACGGUAGCAAAGUGUCCUAUCAACCAUUACAACUGCGAAAUAGAAAUGUAACGGUACCUAUUUUGACAGACGGUGCAGCCUUUGUUGAAAAUCUUGGAAAACAAUGUAUGAACACUAGUUACGGAAAGUUAGCUCUCACAGCUGGUAGUGCAACACCUGAUGACUGUACUGAGACAUCACAUGUUCAAUUCCAGCUGCUAUCACUGCAGAGCAAGUCAUAUGGAACAGUAGUUGGAAAAUGGAAUGCCAGUAGAAAGGCACAGUUGACUGCAAGAAUUGAUAGCUUUACUCAUAGUUUUGAAGACAAACACUCUACGGCUUUCACCAGGAAACUAAAAGUAUUGUAUGGUAACGACUACCCUCCAUUCACACAUUCCAAUUCAACUCAUAAUUAUAGUGGAGUUGACUUCGAUCUAUUGUACUUGAUUGCUAAUAAAUUGGGGAUAGGAAAUAACAACAUCGAAUUUACAGAGUGGGACAUUACCAACUACAGCUACUCAGAUAUGAUUGCGACUGUUGGUUCUGAAGACAGUGAAUAUGACAUGGCGCUAGGAGGAAUCACUGUCACACCAAACCGAGCGCAAACAUCAAAUUUCACUAGGAGUUAUCUUGUUCCUGGCAUCAGUGUGCUGGCAAAACGGCCAGCAAUGCGUGAAGUAAACUACCUGUGGAGGUUCCUCAACCCAUUCAAAUGGACUGUGUGGCUAACCCUUCUGGGCAUGGUUUUGUUCUCGGCUUUUGCAUCAAAAUGGUUUGGAAUAGUAAACGGUUAUGCAAGUGGUUUGUGGUUGUCAAGCAUUAUUCUCUUCUCCAUGAAUGAGAAUCGCCUGGUAACAAUAAGAAACCCUUUUGGAAAAAUUUACAUGUCAGCCUUAAGUUUUCUGGUAAUCAUUUUCGUGUCUUCCUACACAGCAAAUAUGGCAACAUUUCUGACAUCAUCUCAGACACAACCACCCAUUGAAGGUCUUUCAUCUCUUAAACAACAGAGGGUAGCCGUAGACUUUUCAUUCCACAGUUAUGUUCUUCUAAAAGAGCAAACUGGUUUACGCAAUCUAGUGUCAGUUAAAGGUAGUCAGUACCUGACUCUCUUUGCCCAAGGGGAUAUUGUAGCUUACGUCAGUGAUACUCCUGAUCUUAUAGCCAUUGCAUUAAAGCAAUCAACAUGUGACUUGUAUGUUCUUGAAAAGGAGUAUUUUCAGUACCCGUUUGCUUUUGCUAUCAGUGACAAACUUUUUGCAUCUCACGGUCCAACAAUUAACAAGAUCAUUGCUGAUGCAGUUGCCAACCAGCUGGUGCUGACUUGGCUUGAUCAGCAUCUCAAGUAUGGUUCCACUUGUGACAACGUGACUGGGCUUGUGAGUGAUGAAGCAACCAGAUCUGGAAAGAUUGAUGUUGACAACUUGGGUGGUGUCUUUAUCAUAACACUUGCUGCAGCUGGUCUGUGUCUACUUUCAAGAGGAGUGCAAAUUCUUAAGAAGCAAUCCAUCCGGUCCAGAGUUGCAGUCAGUACUGAAAAGCAUUGAAAAUUCCCGCAAUUGAGAAUUGGCAUUUACAAUUUAAACUUGACUAUAUUUGUACAAGAUAUAAAGUCAAUAGUUAUUUUACUGUAAAGUAUGCUAAUAGUGCAUUGACUCGGACUGGGGUUCACCUUACCUCCAUUUUCAGUGGUGGAUCCAGAGGAUCAAGUCUCUAUGGUUUCUGUGGAAACCCCUUAAUUUGCUGUCUUGAUCAUGAUCACGACUACUUACCAGGCUUAGAUAUGUAAUCUAAAUUACUAGAAAGUUUGCAUGUUUACAUCUAUGACAGCAUUUCAACAAAUACGUAUUGUCUAGCUACAGUGCGGCG